AAUUUGUAUGUGUAUGGUAGCGCGCACACGUGACGCAAAAUUACUCAAAACUCAUAGUCUACUCAUACUAAAUAAGACACAACGGAGUCUAAAUAUAUACUUGGCAUAUAUCACAACCUACAAACAUUAAACAUGUCCUAUUCACAAACCAAUGGGGCAGAGCCCUCUUUAAUUGACGGAUUCAACGAGAUCCAAUCGGAUGAAAUCGAUUCACAGCCAUACAAUGCACCACCCACUUAUUCCGAAUAUUCAGUACCAUUGAAUCCUACAGUUCAAUCAACAGUACCUCCACCAGUAGAUGGUAAAUCGCAUAUGUUUCAAAUUAAUUUCUAUCGAGCAUAUUUUAAUUUAGAUACAGAUACAUUUUUCCUUAAGAUUCAGAAAGCAUUAAAUCCAUUAUCAUCUAUAUCAGCUCCAACUGAUGAAGAUGAUAAUCAAGCCACGGAACUUUAUGGAUUUAUAUGGAUUACUGGAACUUUAAUAUUUCUUAUGUUUGUUAGUUCAACAGGGGCAAAUAUUUUAUCUAAUUGGUUACAUCCAACUAAUGAAACUACAAAAUAUGAAUAUAGUUUUGAAUUACUUACAUUAUCAAUGUCAUUAUUCUACGGUUAUAACUUUUUAAUUCCUCUUAUAUUAUAUUUAUGGACUUCAUUUGUCUUACAUUUCCCUCAAAGAAUAUCAUUAACAAAAUUAAUUUCAAUUUAUGGUUAUACUAAUGUAUUAUGGUUCCCAAUUACGGCAAUUAAUUUUUUAAUUGUAAUUUUAGUUAAUAAUAAGAAUCAUCAUUUAAUUCUUAAUUUAUUAGAAUGGAUAAUUGUAGCAGUUAGUGGUCUUGUUACUGGAUUAAGUAAUCUUUCAAAGAUUGGGCCUAUUAUUAAUAAAAAUGCUUUACUUUUAUAUGAUGGUAAUUCUCAAGCAGCCAAUAGACUUUAUUUAAUUGCUAUGGGUGCUUUGGCAUUUAGUCAUAUUAUCUUUACUGUCUUAGUUAAGAUCAGUUUCUUUGGCAUUAAAGUAUAGUAUAGUAUAGUAUAGUAUAGUAUAGUA